AAUCCUUACCUACCACUACUCAUCAUGGCUUUAUCUAAGGGACCACUGGAACCACUAUCAAGAGCUGAGAAGAUACCAAAAGCACCUCCUGUACUACAGACAAGCAAAUGUAUAGCAGCUAUUGACUUUGGAACAUCAUCUCUAUCAGUAGCAUAUAUUGCUCCAACAACAGGAGAAGAUGUAAAAGUUGUACAACUUCACAGUACAUUGGAAAGAGUCCCUAAUUCAAUACUAAUCAGGAAGGACCAGAAAAAAGAAUACAAAGUCAUUGGGAUUGGACAUCAAGCACAAAGCACAUACAGUGACCUCGAAGAUGAUGCCCAUAACUUUAUUUAUUUUGAAAGAAUAAAAAAAUUACUUGCAAGAGAUCAAACAUUAGAUCGUACUACUGAAGUCCCUUCAUUCACUGGUGGUUCUUAUUAUCUUAUUGAAGUUAUAGCUUUCAUACUAACACACCUCAAGGAGAAGCUGUUGAUUGAUCAUCUGAAAGGAAACUACAAGUCAAGUGAUUUUGAUUGGGUCAUUACUGUUCCUGCUAUAUGGAAAGCAAGAGCAAGAAGAAUGAUGAGAGAAGCUGCUUAUAUGGCUGGUCUGACUUCUGAUGGUCCUGGUAUAACAAGGUUCACUUCAGUUGGUUCCCCUUUACCAUGUCCAGAGGAGGUUAAUCCUGAGAAGCUAUCAUUAGCUCUAGAACCAGAAGUAGCUGCUAUAUAUGCACAUAAGAACUCAGAAGUUAAAGGCCUUCGUCCACAGAGAUAUAUGGUAGUUGAUAUAGGAGGAGGUACAGUUGAUAUUACUGUACAUGAUAAGAAUACUGGGAGAAUUAGUGUAGUACAGCCACCAAUGGGGAACAACUGGGGAGGUACUACUGUCAAUGAAGCAUUUUCAAUGUUACUACAAGAAAUAGUUCAAGACAAAGGCUUUGAGGCUUUCAUAGAAUCAGAUGCUAGUGCCCAAGCUACACUAAAUAAACUUUUCUAUGAAGAAUUUGAAGAGCGAAAAAAAAGAUUUGGAAAUGCAACUGAUGAAAGUAUUGAUAAAAUAGUAGUAACACUGCCACAUGCUAUGAUGCAGUUCUAUUGCAAUGAUAAGCUACAACAAGCAGCAAAAUUUAAGAUAGAUUACAAUCCAAAAAAAUGUUCUCUAUCGAUUAGUUUCAAAGUUUUAGAAGAGAAGGUAUUUAAACCCACAAUAGAUAAGAUCAUGGAGUGUGUGAGGGCUGUAUUUGAUAAUCUGAAGCGUGAUGGAAUUCAAAUCGAUAUAGUUUAUCUAGUAGGAGGGUUUGGAGGGUGUAGUUUUGUUAGUCAAAAGAUGGAAAAAGCUAUCGCUCAGCAUUGUGACAUUCUUAAUGAUAAUGUGGAAUGUCCUAUACACCCAGAUCUUGCUGUUGUAAAAGGAGCAGUAAUGUGGAGGAAAGAUCCAAACAUAAUCCAAUCACGUGUUGCUGAUGCUACCUAUGGGACAGGAUGUGGGCCUGGAUUUGACCCAUUAAUACAUGAUAAACAAUACAGGUACAUAGAUGAAGAUGGUGAACAAUAUUGUGGCAAUGUCUUUAAUGUAUUUGUACUCAAAGGAGAAGAGAUCAAGGAUGAAAUAUAUAAGACCACAUUAAUACCUCAUUCUCAAAAAAUCACACAAGCUGAUACCCCUAUAUACUGUACAACAGAUGAUGGAGUUCAGUAUACAGUAGAUAAAGAAGGUAAACUAACAGUACGUAAGAUUGGUGAGUUAAUACUUGAUAUUCCUAAUCCUGAUAAUGUACCAAGAAAUGAGAGGAAAUACGACGUAUUUAUGGAUUUCAGAGGUACUGAGAUACAAGCAAGAGCUCAGUAUAGCAUCACAGGAAAAGAAGUAAAAACAGUUUGUGACUUUCUUUCAAAACAAGAUUAAUGCCAAUAACUUCUAGCAAAAAAAAU